AUGGCCGAUUUACACAGCUUGCCAUUAGGGUCAAGACCUGUAAAUGCAGUUCGGAACAAUGGCCCUGAUCACCUGCUGCUAGAACGCAUGAAACUCCGAGAGCUGGCCGAAGGCUGGCCGAUGUAUCGAGAUGCCUGUGAAUGGGAGAACUUCGCCUCCAUUUUUAGCCCAGACGCAUAUGUCUACACCACCUGGACCGGCAAGACGUUCUACAAAGACUUCAUCGAAGCUUCCAAGCGCGGCAUGGAUGUGGGCGCUUUCAUCAUGCAUCGAUGCCACGGCAUCAGCACGGAUAUCAACCUGGCUGGCAAUCGGGCCGUAACAAAGAUGAAAGCAACGAUUACACAGCGGUUUGAGCUUUCAGGGUGCGAGGUAGAUGCGGAGAGCGAUUGUCGAUUCCUCUUCUUCUGGGUCAAGAACGGUGAUGCUUGGCAGGCGGCAUUCGUCCGACAUUGGUAUGAGAAGGAUAAAUUGAUUCCAGUGGAUCCAAACCAGGUGCCAACCUUGGAUCAGGAACAUCUUCACCUGUUUCCAUCAGGGUACAGAUACUUGGCCUAUUGCCAGGAGAAAACGAUGAGAGUCCGGGUGCUAAGGGACAUGCCCGGGCAUAAUCGGGAGAACGGUGUGCAAGGUGGAAGUCGAGAAGCGGGCCAUAAUCACAAUCUGCUUUACUGGCAUGCAAAGGCAUGGUUGGAGGGCGAAGACAUUACCUUUUAA